CUGUCCCUGCCCUCCCCUCCGGCGGCGAGCCCCCGGGUCAGCCCGGAGGCCGUGGAGGCCACCGCCAGCCCAUCGGCGCCAAACUCCACCCCGGGUCACGAUCGGCAAGCCGCUCACUGGCGACACCACAAAGCAGCCUAUCUGGAGACCUCCUUCGAGGGCAGUCCGCCGAUGCAGAGAGUUAACGGUCAGGUGCCUCCACCCGGUGCCGCCCCCAGCUCUGCGCCCGAGAGACCGACGGCGCACCAACAGCUGCAGCUGGGCGAGCGGUCCACCCCCCAGCGCGCCGCCCCUCAGCGCGCAGCCCCCGAGCGCCAGUCCCUGUGCGUCCGCAAGCCGCGGCCCGCCAGUUUCAUGCGCUCGGAGAGUGUCAAGGAGAGCGCUACGGAGGCGCCGCCGCGGUACGUGGCGAACGGCGCCAACGGCUCGAGCCGCCCGGGCAACGAGCGCUACCCGCUGCGGGGCGCGCGCGCGGCCAAGAAGCUGGCCGUCAACGGAGAGGCGAACGGCAGCAACGGCUGGCUCCAGCCCGCCGUGGCGCAGCUCCGCAGGGCGCCCGCCUCCGUGGAGCUGCUCCCCACCGCCUGCAACUCGCCGACCACCACGGCCAUCAGCACGUCCAGCCCCGUCAACGCCGCCUCGCCGCAGCACUCCAGCAUCAACAGCAGGAGCACCUCCAAGGCCUCGUACCUGGCGCUGCGCAAGGGCGGCGAGCGCGAGUCGACGCUGCCCAGCUUCGAGGGGAGCUACAAGCAGACGCAGCCCUCGGGCCUGGUGCCCGCCGGACACGUGCCCACGGGCGGCGUGGCGCUCACCAACCACAGCGUCGCGCAGCCCCAGGCGCCGCCCCGGCCCCACCAGGACAUCGUGCUCAUGGUGGUGCAGCCCAAGUCCGUCAUAGCCGAGCGCCAGAGGCUGUCUUCCGACGAGGAGCGGUCGCCCAAACAUCUGAGCCCGUCAUCAAGCCCCACCCACACCAGUCACACCCAUACGGCCGUCCCGGCGAUCGCAGUUCCGGUCCCGACCUCGCUCUCCGCUUCCCUGGCCAGCGACUCGGACUCGUGCUGCAGCGCCGACAGGCUGUCGCUGUCGCUGUCCCUCUCGCCUUCCCCGACGUCCGCGUCGUCCCCUUCGGCGUCGCCCUCUCCUCCCGUGACGAGCUCGGCGACCCCGUCGCCCCCGCUGGUCAACUACAAGCAGACUCCCAGCGAGCCUGUGGCACCACCUACCCCGCCCUACCCCGUCAACCACCACCACAACAGCCGCGUCAACAACCUCACACCUUCGGUGGCGGUCGCCGCGGCCUCGCUGUGCAAUAUUUCGCGCACAAGCGACGCCGCAUCUCAGACCGACCUGGUGCAGACCCCGCCGCCCUCGCCGCCACCCUCUCCCCCGCCAUCACCGCCGCCCUCGCCGCCUCCGUCGCCACCACCCUCGCCGAAGCCCGGCCAGAAGCAGCGGCUGCACGAGGAGCUGGAGGUGGAGCGGCUCUCGCGGGACCUCGCGAGCCGUCUCCACGGCAACGAGAGGCUGCAGGAACUUCUAGCACCUGCUCCAGAAUACAAGAAGCCAGCGGAUUAUGUUACGGGGCUCUUCAAUGUGGCUGUUCGGCCCAGGAAAACAUGUUCAAAGUCGACAUCCACUUCAAUGUGUCCACCAUCAUCAAAUAGUUUAACCAUGACAGUUUUGGCUCAGCCAGUUUCUGUCGAGAGCGUAAGCUCUAGUACACCUAUGAAAAUAGAAUCAAAUCCACCAGUUCCCAGUAAAAGAGAAUCUUAUACUAAUAGUUUAUCAAAUUCAAGCCUGAACUCAAGUCGAUCCUCAUUAGAGGUUUCAUCAAGCAACGGCUGUGUAGGCUCAACUUCUCCCACUAGUCGCUCAACAGAAACUUCCAAUUGCAUGGAAGCCUUGCCAGCUAGCUCAGCAUUUUUUGCUACAUCAGAAUCCAAAGCUCGUCUUCUUACAAGGCUUAGCCAAGACAAUUCCUCAGCAGUUGAUCUCAGUGGAACAGAACUGAACCAAAAGAAGGAGGAAUUGGUGACUCGCCUAUCAAGAAAAUUAGAAAUUCUUCGAGAAGAACAAGAUGCUUUGACUGAGGAGCGAAGACUUAAUGAGGAGCUAGGUGAAGCUGUUUGUACCAGAGUAGGGAAAGUAGCGCGACCUGGACAGUCAUCCAAGUUGCGUUUACAUGUCUCUGAAGUGGGCCACAUAACAUCUUUAUUGCUUGGGCUUUCGGGGCGACUAGCAAGAGCAGAAAAUGCCCUUCUCGCCUUGCCACUCCACCAUCAUGAAAGAGUUUCCCUUGAGAGCAAACGUGAUAAACUUCUAUCUCAGCUGAUGGAAGCCAAGCAGUUGAAGACCAGCAUCGACCAACGAAGUGAAAGUGUGAUGAAGUCAUUGUCAACAUGCCUUAGUCCAUCUGACCUUGAUGAUUACCAGCAUUUUAUUAGUAUGAAAGCCAAACUUAUUGUUGAUGCCCGAGAAUUAGCAGAUAAGAUCUCACUUGGGGAGGAACAGCUUGAUGCCCUGCGUGAAACCUUGUCAUAAUGAAAUGACUUUUUGCAAACCCAUUUUGUUUAUUUAAUUUUUUUUUGUCAGCUUUAAACUUGAAGCUUUGAGUUUCUUGUUUUCUACUAUAGUUUCAAAAGACUGCACAGGCUUCAAAUUGGUAUGUGAGCUUCUUGUUAUUUGGCUCUAAUUUAUCAGUAUUGUAACUUUAAUAACAAAAAGUUCAGAAACAAUGGACAGUAUCCAAUGUUUAAAAUGAUUGGUCCUAUCUUUGUUCAAUUUUUUCAAUUGCUUAACAGUUAAAAAAAUAUUGCGCUAUAUACAGCUGUUAACUGUGCAAUUAUCAUAAACUAAAUUUUGAACGCAAGAGCUCGACAAUAUAUGCUAUAAGCCAAUGUACUGAUAUGAAAAUCAAGAAUUAUUAUCAACUUAACUUCUGACAAUGAUGUAAAAGUGAAAGUGGGCAGGAGUCAUGUGUUCUGACUGACCAUUCUUACCUAGGUCUGGACUACUCUCAGUCAUCAGUCACACUUAGUGCUCAAACCAUUUUGAGUUGAAAUAUCCUUGUAUUUAAGUCAGAACAUGAUACUCCUAGGUCAAUUGAGAAUCUCGUGUUAAUACAAAACACCUCAAUUGUAUUGUUAUUUGAUUAAAAGAAAAUUGUGAUGUAUAUUUGAGAUGCAAAUGGUUUGUGGAAUUUUUGUGUCAUAUAUUCUUGCAGAAGUAGAAAUAUAAAACUGUUAUCAUCUGAAUGCAUUAUUCAGUGAAAUAUCAAUGCCAUGUGAUUCUCCAAUGCAUUAUAUCAAACUAAUAGUUUUACUUGUAUGCUCAUUAUUACCGAACUCCUGAGGAAGUUGAAUGCCCGAAGAUACUCUGUGUAUUUUACUCAAUUAGAUGCUCACAACAAUAGAUAUCUUGUUACAGUAUUUUGGAAGCCAAUUUAACUAUGCAUUUUUAAUCUUUAUUUAAAAACUACAUCAUUCAAGGUACCCCUCUGUUCUGUAAUGCACCAUUAAAAUUCAAAGGUGUAUUAUUUAAUGGGCUCAAGUAAUGACUGCCUUCCUCAGUGAGUAUGUUAUAUUAUCCUUGCCCAACAAGAAUUGUCAUUAGCAUCUCAAAUAUGGGUAAUAUGUAGAAAUUUUCCAAAAGAGGUAAUCUCUUUUGGUCUAUGCAUACCUAGUCCUGUUGCUUGUCUAUACUGCUCUUUCCUAAGGAGUCUUUAAGGCUCUUGUUUGGAUUAAACUUGCCACUGAUCAUCAGUGAUAGUCCAUUUUAAAUUUAUGAAUCCGUCCAGGAAAAACCAACCAUGGCAGUAGACAUGUAAUCAUAAAUGUACAGUAUUGUUGCUUCCUGUUGUUAUUGCUGCUGCAAUGAAUGCAGUGUUCUUAUCUAAUCUCUUCAUAGCUGUUUUAAUAGAUGGCCCUUCAGCGGUCCACAGGAAGGCUGCUGUUGAAAGAACAUUUUAGAAUAGCUUUUCAAAGAACAUUUUAUUUCAACAAGACUGCUGACAUGUGCCAUCUAUUGAAUUUUCUUGUGGAAAUUUUCUUGUCCACUUUCAGCUGUGUACUCUUUUGUAUGGUCAUCAAAGCCAUUCUUAUACCUUCUGUACAAAUGUUACUACGUAAUUUAAGAAAGAAGUACUUUUUCCUUGAGAAUACUCCUUUGACCACAGUUGCUCUCAAGGAACGACUUCUGUAUUGUGAUACUGAUGAUGUGAAUUGUAAAUAAAUGAGUAAAUAAACUGAUAAAUUUAUUGAAGAACA